CUGCCGCCGCCGCGCCGGUUCGGUCUCUCUACGAGAGCGAACCGAGGAGCGUGCCCGAACCCGGCGAGCCGGGGAAGAGAACCGCGGCACUCGUUCAGUAGUUUCUCGGACGCCGCACCGGCACCAUCCGACGACCCUGCGAGAUAACCCCGCGCGCGGUCGCGAACCCCCCCUUGUGACAAUUGCGUGUAUAUGCGAGACCUGGCCCGGUCGAGUACCUCAGCCCGGUCCCCUCGUCAUCGCGACGAAUUGGCGAACAGUCUCGCUGUGUCUUCCCCCGAACUGAAAAAAAAAGUCGAUAGCAAACGGAGCUCUAUAAAUUUUUUGGAAUAUUCUUUGAAACAUUUCUUGGAGCACGUGUGCUGCGUUACCAAUCGCGACGCGGCGAUCGAUUUUACAAAUCGAUUUCGAUUUUUCUCGCUUUUAACUUUUUACCACGUGACUUCACUUCAAAGAUUUUAAUAGAGGUUUAUUUUACUGUAGACGUUAAUCAAGAGAGAAUCUGAUUUUUUUUUGCAUAAUGAUCAGUGGUGAAGCAGUGAGAGUGUUACUUGUUACUUGAGGGUCUGUUCAUACCGAUCUUUCGCCCGAAGCUUUUUCUGCGCGUAAUCGCGACUCCGGAAGGGAUACGCGAGGUUUCAAAAAAAGCAGAUCAAUAAGAUCAAGAAAAGUCAAGUGGAGAAGAAGAAAGGAGGAGAGAAAAACUCAUUAAGGCGGUGCGAGGUAACGCGUGUCGGUUCUUGCCGAUUAAUAGUGACGAAGGGAGAAAGAACGAAGGAGGAGGGGACAGACAAAGAUCGAGCGAGGUCGUGGAAAGUAACCGGUAGCGUCAAGCCGCAUACCGCGACAAAAUCAUUUAAGGAGGAUCGGCCUCGCCAUCGUCGGGCGGGCCGGCCGAUCAACCGACUGCCAGGAUCAUUCGCAGUGUAUCGAGUAUCCUCGGCGAUAUCGAGUGAAAAACACGGUCGAUUUCUCGUGGUGGAGCUCACCAUUGACCCGAUGUCGUCCCACGAACGGACCCCGUCGUUUUUCACUCGCGAUAAAUCGCUGUUCCGCAAUCCGGCGAUCAGCUGGUCCAACAAUUAAAAAAUUCUGAAGGCUGUUAUCACGGCGCGCGCGUAACCGAUACGGACCGACAGCAGCCGCAAGAAUGCGAGAAAAUCGAAAGCGCGAGAAUGAUGCAUGGACGGUAAUAGCGGAUUGGCAGCCGCAGCCCCCGUUCUCAGCGGCUCACGUAUUCUCGAGGCACCCUCUUCGGAAUCGGAAGUGACCGGAAGUGUCGGUUGUAAUGCCAGCUGGCAGCGCGUGCGGCCUUCAUCCAUACCGCACUGACGACGAUCGCGGUGCGAAUCAGAACCGAUCAGCGACGUUCCGCGAGGACGUUCGAAGCGAAAAGUGGAAGACGGAAUCGCGAGGAAAAAACGAGAGAGGACACGACGAUCCAUAAUAAAUCCGCGGAGAAACGGUUAUACAACGCGGGCAAGAGGGAGGAGGGCAAAGGAAGAAGCGUCGGAUGAGACCGUCAUGCCCGCUGAGAUCGACACGGGUGGGCAUAGGGUGCUGCACUGUGAUUCCCAUGCCGACUGCCCGACUGCGACGAUUCACGUAUUGACUUCUGCGAGCGACGAACGCCAAACUGACCGCGCGCAUUUGUCCGUGAGAAUUGAUGGUAAGUCGCAAAAAAAGAUCCCGAAAGAUCGACGACGGAAAAGCGCAGGAAAUUGCAUAGGAAAAGUGGUGCCAUUAGAUUGCAGGCGCGAGACCUCAUCGUCCGGUCGCGGUAAAACCGCGAGAAUUCCGAGAAUCGGUGACGAAGAGAAGACGAUUCCAGACGAACGUGACUUCUCAGAGAAGAGUCUCGCAUUAACGCAGCUGUCACGUCGGCGACGAGAAGAAAGAACGAGAGGAGAAGAAGAAGACAGAGUACUCGAACUCCGCGAAGCAUGUCGCGCGAUCGAGGAUGUCAUCAAGGACGAGCGUUUCUCGGUCACGUGGAACUCGCGGGAGGACGCGGACGCGCACGGCGACGAGAUCGAGCGAGCGGAAUCGCGGCUACGCAACGGCACGGAACGAUCUCGCCUCGCGAUAGUGGACGCGAGCGGGAGCUCGAUUACGGGGCAUCAAAGUCUCCGGGAUCGAUCCUGGACGAGGCCACGGCCGUCGUCCUACGGCAGCGAGGAUCACGACGCGGAUCCGAUUGAUCGUCCGGGAAGGAGGCGAAUUACGGAAGAAAGUUCUCUUCUCUCUAGUCACCGCCUGCAUACUCGCGCGAAGGAAGAAGCCUUCGAGGAUGACUUUAAAGAUGUUGACGAGGGAUUUUUUGGCAAGGAACACGAUGACACGUGGGCGGAUGGAAACGCGCAACUGGACUAUUCGGGACCGCGCGAUGAACGUCCGGAGAACGAGCGAGGCAAAAGGAUCGUCCGGAACUUCGAGGACAGAAAAAGGAUUAGAUGCGCGUGCCGCGAUGGUUCUUUCCUGCAGCUGGUUUUUCUCCUUUUGCUCGUUGUGUUCGGACGGCACGGACUGUUCGAUUCGUCCAGUGUAUUUAGGGUCAAUACGAGACCGAUCACAAAUUGCUUAAGUGUUUUGGGAUUCGGGAUUAUCGGUGUAGUGGAUGCGAGAGCAUUCGACUCGAUCGGUGACACGGGCAUUCGAGCCGAGAGAUCCGCCAAUCUCUCCCACAUCACCGGAUCUUUCAGGAAGAUACAAUUGUACAUCAGGCAUCGACAUCUGCAGAUUCUGCCGGAUGGUACGGUAAAUGGCUCCAACGACGAUACGUCAGACUACACCAUUUUUCAAAGGAUAUCGGUGUCGAGAGGACAACUAAGGAUCCAAGGAAUAGCGACCUGCAUGUAUCUGUGUAUGGAUGCUUGCGGUCUACCUUACGGUUCGAUGGAAUUCACGCAAGACUGCAUCUUCAACGAGACUAUGGAGACACAAAAUUAUAAUACAUACAUCUCGGCACGUUGGUCCACCAAGGAGAGGACAUUGUACCUCGGCAUGGACAACAGCGGGAAGCCAAGGACAAUAACGAUCACAGGGGAAGAUCGCAAAUUGGGCAAGAUGUUUGAUUACGCCCGAGUCUUGACGCAGGUGGCAUCACCUGACCGCGUCGUCGAGACUCUGCAUAGACGGAUGCUGGCGGGGGCUAAACAUAACGUACGCCAUCAGCAUCACAGUCAUGAUCAUCACCGUCAGAUUGGCAGUGAUGUGGCGCAACAUGCAAUUUGUCCCAGUUCGUCGAUCCAGAAGUCGGUAGGAGAUGGUAGAGAUAGUUUCAGAUGCCGCAAACGAAAGAAGAGAAAGAAGCGGAAACGACGUUGCAGGCCAGACGAGCAGCCUGGCCCGCAAUGUCGGCUCGCGGAGGGAUCCGUUACGGAUUCUACGAUAGACAGAUACGUGACGGAUAUGUCAUCGGAGAUCAUCAGCACCACGCCGGAAUCCAAGAGAUCCUGCGAGGGGGCGGCUAGCGAGGAAGCUUGCAGGCGACAGGCCCUCUCGGUGCCGGCGAAGAAGCGGAAGUCGCGGAUACACUCCAAGUUCGGUAAGAACAAAGCAUCAACGUCAAAUAUGAAAAAGCCAAACGUCACCGUCGCCAAUAGUCAAAGUAAAAAGCCUAAUUUAACGGACGGAAAGAAGAAGAUGAGAAAGAGGACGAGUCCGUCGCAGACGAGCAGGGGGAGCACGGUGAUGGCAUCGCCGUCCCGGAAGCGGCACGAAGCUGGCACGACGUCGUUGUCCCGAGCUUCUUCGUCGCUAACGGCGCCCGUCAGAGAGGAGCACUUGGCCUCGACAGCCACGUCUUCCUCCUCGCCGUCUCCUCCUGGUGCGUUAACCACUCUCUCCAUCAGAAGGCCGAGCUCGCCGUCUGACCGUAAGAAGCCACCGUCGUCCUCAAAGAACCAUAUUACGAAAUCGAUGGGCUCGCGUAGGAUAGGAAAAUCUUUUUCGAGUACCACAGGUUUACCGAGAUCGACAUCAAUGACCUCGACGACGUCGAGGAGCGAGAUAGCGUUUGUACCGUCAGCCACCAAAGUUCCUGAAAAUAUGUGCGCUUAUGCAAAUCCUUUGUUUCGAUGCUCGCCAGUUCCUCUUUCUUCGCCUUCAUCCCGGCAAGAAUCCAAUCAAGACUCCUCAAGUUCGCUAUCAAACUCUUCGCUCGUCGACGAGGAAUCGUCCUCGAUCGUCACGAGCUCGCUCGUCGACAAGGAGUCGUCCUCGACCAUCACGAGCUCGCUCGCGACUGUUACAGAGUCUAGCACGUUGGACAUCUCCGACGAAACGAUCACGUUUAGACUAGACGAAAAAAAUGACGAGGACGAUGGUUUCGAUAUGGCUGACACAAUUUCGCAGACUACCACGAGAGUCGCGUUGGAGAGAUUGGCAAUGUGACACAUCCUCCGGAUGGUCAGAUGGCCAAAUGAAGGAUGAUUUGUGUGCGAAUGUCAUUGUAAACUUAUAUGUACAUAGCAAUCUUUACCUUACGACAACUUUACAUUCAUGCGACAAGUGGGUGACGUAUGUUGUGAUGAAGUUUUAAUACUCGCAGUAUGGGGAUCGAUAUGAUUGCAAUUUCGGCGAGGUCAAUUUUUUUAAAAACACUUUCAAAAAACUUUUAUUGCUUAUAUCAAAU